CCGCGCAUGCGUAGUGCCACACGGACAGCUAACACAUAAAACAGCCAAGAUAGCCAACUGUUAGCUAAAGAAAGCAGCUGUUUACACACUAAACGCGUUGAAAUGUUUCGUAGGAAAUUGACGGCGCUAGAUUAUCACAACCCCGGUGGAUUCGACUGCAAAGAUGAGACACAGUAUAGGAACUGCGUGGUGUGGCUCGAGGACCAGAAGAUCCGACACUACAAGAUCGAGGACCGAGGAAACCUGAGAAACAUCCCGAGCUCAGGCUGGCCCGAAGCCUACCAGAAGUACCUGCAGGAUCUGAACUGUCCGUUUGGACUUCAGGAGAAGCAGGAGGCUGUGGACUGGUUACUGGGCCUGGCUGUAAGAUAUGAAUACGGAGACAACGAUAAGUAUAAGAACUGCAAGCCGCUGGCCGCCUCCAGCGACAAAGCGGUGGACCCUCUCCUCAACCUCGACGGUAAUUGUCCAGAUUUCAAAGCAGGAGUGACGGCUCUGGCCAACAUCCUAAAGAUCCAACGGCAUGACGACUACCUGGUCAUGCUCAAGGCCAUUCGUAUCCUGAUCCAGGAGAGACUUUCUCCAGAAGCCAUCGCUAAAGCCAGCCAGAAUAAAGAGGGUAUCCCGGUAACUUUAGACAAGCACGUCUUGGGCUUCGACACCGGAGACGCCACUCUGAACGAAGCGGCCCAGAUCCUGCGCCUGCUGCACAUCGAGGAGCUGAGGGAGCUCCAGACCAGGAUCAACGAGGCCAUCGUGGCCGUCCAGGCCAUCAUAGCGGACCCCAAGACGGACCACAGGCUGGGCAAGGUCGGCAGAUGAGAGCGAGGAUGACGAGGGACGCCAGGAGGGACUGAUUCAUUUGAUUUUGAGGGGGGGUGGGGAGAAGAAGAAAGCUGGUCUUUGUCGGACAUACAUGAGUUUGUAUUUCUACGUGAGAUCAGAAUUGAUGAGAUUUUGGGGAGUUUUGUAGCAAAUGCAAACCGUUUUUGGUGAAUUGGUAUUUACGUACUCGUUUGGGCUAAUGUGUGGUCUUACCUUGUGCUCAUCUCCUCGCUGCCACAACCUCUCCCUCAACAGAAAGCACAGAGGAGCUUCUGAAACAUUCAAACUGACGAGUUAUAUUUGUAUCUUUUUGUUUCCAGAGAAAACAGCUGGAAGAACAGGUUGUUUUGAAAUGGUUUACAUUUGACGCUGUGCGGGUGAAUCUAUAAAUACAGCUGAGCAGA